AUGCCAUCCGCCUCAUCCCCCGUUGCGUACCCUCUUAGCUCAUCACCACCUGCCCCGAAGCGCUCGCGACCUUUGCUAAAAGAUGGAAAAAAGGGGCCGGCCAAAUCGGUGGGUGGCUUUUUGAUUGAAGACGACUCGGAUGGGGACAAUGAUUUUGCUCAGGCAGAGCCUGCACCUAAACGUAGGAUGUUGGAAAAUCCGAGGUUCCCCAGCCCUCCCGCCUGCCAGAAUGCGAGUAAGGCGGAUGCGUCGCAGCUUCAAGGAGAUAAGAGAGGCCACACAACUAUAAAAUCAAUGCUGGGUUUCAUGAUUGGAGGAACCAAACCCGUCGACGGCCCAACGGUUCACCAAGAGGCGCCUCCAGCACCUAUAUCCGAAUUUGUCGACAUAGAUGAUGUGCCUUCUAUGCCUUCAUUUCUGAGUAGACCGAUUUUCAGAAGCACAAAUGUGAUAACAUGCUCUGGAAAAUCAGUAUCUGUACCACAGAGAAGGAAAUCUGCGCCAGUUUCUUUCGAGCAAUUAGUUGCAGCAAGAUCAACUACCAAAGCUGGACGUGCCAAAAAGAGCUACUAUGGAAUCGACAUUCAUCGUUUGAUUGACGAAGCAUCCAAGGAGACGGCAAAGGAUAAGCCUAGUAAAUCUAAAGCACCCCAGGAGGUUCUCCCGUCGGUAGAAGCUCCAGCAACAAAAUCAAGACCGAGAAGGACGUUGAUGUGGAUGGAAAAGUACCGAGCACGGCAUUUUAUGGAGCUUGUAGGGGAUGACCGGACCCAUCGUCAAGUGUUAAGGUGGCUGAAGGCGUGGGACCCUCUGGUGUUUCCCAAAUCUGGCAAAUCUAAGCCCACUGUUAUAAAACGACCUGGCGUCGAAGCGGAGGAGGAGAAACCCCAUCGAAAAAUAUUACUCUUGACUGGGCCACCAGGCCUUGGGAAAACCACCCUAGCUCACGUCUGCGCGAGACAAGCUGGCUAUGAGAUCAUGGAAAUCAAUGCUAGUGAUGAGAGGAGUCGAGAUGUGGUUAAGGGGAGGAUAAGAACCAGUGCUGGCACGGAGAGCGUGAAGAACGGCGCGACAGUGACGACAAAGGCGGGACAGGUCAAAUCCAUUGCCCAUCCGUUAUGUGUUGUAGUCGAUGAAGUCGACGGUGUAGUUGGCGGGUCAGGCGGCACUGGAGAAGGCGGUUUCGUCAAAGCCUUGAUCGAUCUCAUUCAACUAGACCAGAAGAACUCUUCGGCGAUAGGUACAAACUCGGGAUAUUCUCGGAAAACCAAGAAGGGCGAUGAUUUCAGAUUGAUGCGGCCGCUCAUAUUAAUCUGCAACGAUGUUUAUCAUCCGUCCCUUCGGCCUCUACGCCAUUCCAACCUGGCGGAAAUUAUACAUGUUAGAAAACCUCCGUUGGAUGCUGUUAUCGCUCGUAUGAAGUCAGUAUUCGAGAAAGAAGGGGUCUCUUGUGAUGGCGAUGCCGUCAGAAGAUUAUGUGAAGCUACCUGGGGAGUAAGUGCAACCGAGUCGCGAAAAGGAAGAGAAGGUGCUGGAGAAGGCGAUCUGAGAUCCAUCAUGGUCGUUGGCGAGUGGGCAGCAGGAAAACUAAAAGCCUCAAGUAAAGAUGGCAAUGCCAGAUUAACAAGAAAAUGGGUUGAACAAAACAUGAUGAGCAAUUUAUCGCAUGGCGGAGGCGGGGCAAGAGGAAUCGGAAGGGGUGGUGCCAAAGAAGUUGUCCAGAGAGUCUUCCUGGAGGGUGCUGGAUUUCCCAAGUCCGACAACCUCCUUCCACCGCCUAAUAUUUCCGACGCUCACCCCAAGACCCAACUUGGUGUGGCUGAAUUAGCCAAAAAGGCAGGCAUGGAGAGACUGAGAGAGAUGGUGGAUACCAGUGGCGAUAUCGACCGGAUAGUCACUGACACCUGGGCACAAUAUCCAAACCAGCCUUUCAAUGACGAUUCCAUAUUGUCAAAACCCGAUGCAGCAUACGAAUGGCUCCAUUUUCACGACACUUGCUCCUCCCGGGUAUUUUCAAAUCAAGAUUUUGAAUUAACACCUUACCUCAGUCAGCCAAUUCUUGCUUGUCACCACCUCUUCUCCUCUCCAGCACGCCACUACUUUGGCGGCCAAGAGACAAAAAAAUGGGGAGAUGAAGAAGAGCCGGAGGAACCCCUUCCAUUCUCUGGGCCUAGAGCAGACUAUGAGGCCCAUGAAGCAGAGAAAGGGAACCGGGCCACAAUCACUGCCUUACAGGCUAGUCUCAAUCCCACACUUCUGCGAAGCUUUAGGAGCCCUGGAGAUAUUGCAACAGAUCUCCUCCCAUAUCUGGUCAGAAUGUUAACACCAGACAUCAAACCUAUUAUUGUAGGUGGAAGUGGUGAUCAAAGAGGAAUCGCUAGUGUGAGAAAGGAGUCCGAGAAAGCCAUGGUCAAAAGGGCUGUAGAUGUCAUGGGCUCUCUUGAUGUUAUCUUUGAGCGAGGAAAGCUCGACGGCGAUUUUGGAAGCAGAAAUACGCAAUGGGUGUAUCGCAUGGAACCACCUUUGGAUAUGCUAGUCACUUUCGAAACAAUCCCAGCACCCGCUUCCGCAGCAGCUCCCAUCCGCUACGCCGCCCGUCAAGUUCUCGAUCAAGAAUACGAAAAGAACAUCCUAGUCCGCGAAAACGCAGCUCGCCAAGCUCGAUACCGCGCCGGAAACCCCCAUGACGAUAUUGACUUUUCUCUUCCCCACGGCAAAGAAAACCUUUCCGUGCUGGAGAAGAUAUCUGGCCCGAAGAAAGAUUUCUUCGGCCGAGUGGUAGAAGAAGAUGUCCACCCUUUGCAGGAGAGAGAUGGUAAUGCUGUACCCCAGAAGAAGGGGAAAACCGGGAAGAGUGAUAACAAGAUUUGGGUUAGUUACCAUGAAGGCUUUUCGAAUGCUGUUAGGAAACCGAUUACUAUUGAGGAGUUGAUGAGGGGAUUAUAG